AUGACCGCCUCCAAGAUCACCGUUCCCAUCACGCAAGCCCCUCCGUACAGGGUACAUGAGGGCAAGACGGCCAUCAUCACGGGCGGCGCGAGGAGCAUCGGCGCCGCCAUCGCCCAGAACCUUGCCUCCAAGGGCGCCAACGUCGUCCUCGUCUACCUGACCGAGGCCUCGAACGCGCCCGCCGCCACGCUCGCCGCCGAGCUGUCCAAGGCGCACAACGUCAAGGCGCUCCCGGUGCGGGCCGACUUCAGCACGCCCGACGGCUGCGCUCGGAUUGUCGCCGCCGUCAAGAGCGAGCUGCCGCCCAACGCCAAGACGGGCAAGCCGCAGGUCGAUAUCCUCGUCAACUGCGCCGCCCUCUUCCACGCCAUGCCCCUCGAGGCCGUCAACGUCGAGGACUUCCACAAGGUCUACUCCAUCAACGUCCUGGGCCCCAUCCUGCUCACCCAGGCCGUCAAGCCGCUGCUGCCCACCGACCGCUCCGGCCGCAUCGUCAACGUGUCGAGCGUCGGCUCCAAGGUCGGUCUCGAGUACCUGACGCUGUACGGCGGCAGCAAGGGCGCGCUCGAGGCCAUGACGCGCACCUGGGCCCGCGAGCUCAAGGAGAACUGCACCGUCAACUCGUGCAACCCCAGCUCCACCAUGACGGACAUGCUCCGCGGCGCCCCGGAUGAGGCCAAGCAGGCCAUCUCGAGCUGGUACCCGCUGACGCCGCUGUGCGGCAUCCGCGACUGGGACUCGGACGAGCAGAAGGAGAUGGCCGAGAAGUACGGCGGCCGCGCCGGUUACCCCGAGGAGAUCGCGGGCAUCGUCGGCAUGAUCUGCUCGCCCGAGAGUGGGUGGAUGACGGGAUGCCUGAUCAGUGCUAACGGAGGACAAUGGAUGGCCAGUUAG